AUGGUGUCUGAGCAACUAGACUCGAAGAAGUGCAUAGGGGUAGAUUGCAGUAACAAUGCCGGCAGUCUACGGUGUCCAACAUGCCUGAAGAUUGGAAUCGAGAGCCGUUUCUGUUCGCAGGACUGUUUUAAGAAGAGUUGGAGCGAACAUAAAUCUAUUCACAAGAAGAGUAAUUUUCUAAGCAAUCUUUUUCCUCCCAAAAUAAUUUCUGAACCAGAUCCAGCUACCGGCCAUUUCAACCCGUUUCCAACCUACCCUUAUACCGGUUCCCUAAGGCCCGUUUACCCUCUUGCCCCCAAAAAUACUGUCCCCGACUCAAUCCCACACCCUGAUUAUGCCAGCGACGGCAUUCCACGUUCAGAACAGAAGUUCGCUAGUCGACAUAACGUUACGAUCCUCACUCCGAAGGAGCAAGAGGCGAUGAGGAAAGUGUGCCGCCUGGCGAGAGAAGUAUUAGAUAUUGCUGCGCGCGAAGUCAAACCUGGUGUUACGACCGACCACAUUGAUAAGGUUGUACACCAGGCUUGCUUGGAACGAAAGUCCUACCCCUCGCCACUAAACUACGUACAUUUUCCCAAAUCCGUUUGCACAUCGGUCAACGAGGUUAUCUGCCAUGGUAUCCCUGACCACCGCCCAUUGGAAGACGGGGAUAUCAUAAAUAUUGACGUCACCCUAUACCAUGAGGGCUUCCACGGUGACCUGAAUGAGACUUAUUACGUCGGAGAAAAAGCUCGCACGAACCCCGACUUAGUCCGGGUGGUAGAAACCGCAAGAGAAUGUCUAGACAAGUCUGUUGAACUGGUGAAGCCGGGCAUGCUAUUCCGAGACCCAGGUAAUGUAAUUGAGAAGCAUGCAAAGAGCAACAACUGCAGUGUUGUUCGGAGUUAUUGCGGGCAUGGCAUCAACCAGCUUUUCCACACAGCUCCAAGUAUUCCGCACUAUGGGAAGAGUAAGACGGUUGGACAAGCAAAGGCCGGAAUGUGUUUUACAAUUGAGCCUAUGAUUAACUUGGGAACGUAUCGAGACAAGACCUGGCCCGAUAACUGGACAAGCGUUACUGCGGAUGGGCGCCAGUCGGCUCAAUUCGAGCACACGUUGCUCGUGACCGAGGAUGGUGUUGAAGUGCUUACGGCGAGAUUGCCGGACUCUCCCGGCGGUGCUAUUCCUAGACCUGUUGUUGACGGAGAGAGUACAUCAUGA